AUCAUUCACUGCUAUUCCUCUUCUUAAAUUCUUCAUCACCUCCCUCUUCUCUUCUCAAUUAACUCUUCGCUGUCUCUACCGAUCAGAAGUUAAUUUUUUUUUUUUACCUUUUUUUGAGAAGAAGAGGAAAGGAGAAAUGGGGUUUGCAUGUAGUGGUGUUUUGUGUACUGCAUUUUUGCUUCUUGUUUUAGUAGCUUCAGUAGUUCAUGCAGAGCCUAUUGUUCCUGCCCUGAUAAUCUUUGGCGACUCUGUUGUUGAUGUGGGUAAUAAUAAUAACCUUAAUACAGUUGUUAAGGCAAAUUUUCUUCCUUAUGGAAGAGACUUUGUUACUCACAGACCUACUGGAAGAUUCUGCAAUGGAAAGCUAGCUACAGAUUUUACUGCUGAGUACCUUGGCUUCACCUCAUACCCACCAGCUUACCUUAGCCAAGAUGCCAAAGGAAGCAACAUUCUUACUGGUGUUAACUUUGCCUCUGCUGCUUCUGGUUUUUAUGAUGGCACUGCUAGGCUUUAUGGGGCUAUUGCAUUGACCCAGCAGUUGAAUUACUACAGGGAAUAUAAAAGAAAAGUUGUGGAUAUGGUAGGACAAACCAAGGCCAAUGACAUAUUCUCCGGUGCUAUCCAUCUUCUGAGUGCAGGGAGCAGUGAUUUUAUUCAGAAUUACUAUAUCAACCCCCUUCUUAAUGGAAUCUACUCACCAGAUCGGUUCUCCGAUAAUCUCUUGACAUACUACACUGCUUUCAUUCAGAAUCUAUUUGAAAUGGGAGCAAGAAGGAUUGGAGUGACAAGCCUACCACCAACUGGGUGUUUACCUGCAGCUAUUACCCUCUUUGGUGCAGGAAGCAACCAGUGUGUUGAUAGGUUAAACCAAGAUGCCAUUUCCUUCAACAAUAAAUUAAACAGCACCUCAAAAAACCUGGCGAAUAAUCUCCCUGGUCUCAAACUCGUGGUCUUUGAUAUCUACCAGCCUCUCUUGGAUAUGAUCUCGAAACCCAGUGACAAUGGGUUCUUUGAAGCAAGAAGGGCUUGCUGUGGAACUGGUACACUAGAGACCUCAGUGCUCUGCAAUGAAAGGUCUGUGGGAACAUGCACCAAUGCUACGCAAUACGUGUUUUGGGAUGGAUUUCAUCCUUCUGAAGCUGCGAAUAAGGUCUUGGCUGGUGAUUUACUUGCACAGGGAUUUGACCUCAUUUCUUGAAGCAGCUCCCUCCACAAUUGAAACAAUUUGCUACUAUUUUGUUCCUUUAAUCUUCUUAUAUAUGCUAUAUAAAUGAACAUAAUCAGAAAUAUAUAGGUAGUUUGCAGGUUGUGGUGUAACCUCAUAGUUAUUUAUGUUUUAGUAAGAGAAUUAUGGUUGGGUGUGAGUGCUUUAAUUUGAUCAGUCUGUGCUGUUGAA